CGCGGUCGCGGGGGGCGGCGCUGCGCUGCGCCGCGCUGCGCUCCAGCCCGGACCGGGCCGGGGCCGUGGAUGCCUGGUCUCCGCUCCUGCUGCCUGCCGGGCGGGUUCCGGCGGCCGCAGCAAGGUGGGGUCCAAGGGUCCUGUGCUAAGCACUCAUAAUCCUCUAGGGGUGCCACCCCGAGAAACAAAACCCCACCAUGUUUAACUUAAUGAAAAAAGAUAAGGACAAAGAUGGCGGGCGGAAGGAGAAAAAGGAGAAAAAGGAGAAGAAAGAGCGGAUGUCAGCAGCAGAACUGCGGAGCCUGGAGGAGAUGAGUCUGCGCCGGGGAUUCUUCAACCUGAACCGCUCCUCCAAGCGUGAGUCCAAGACACGCCUGGAAAUCUCCAACCCUAUUCCCAUCAAGGUGGCCAGUGGCUCUGACCUGCACCUGACUGACAUUGACUCUGACAGCAACCGGGGCAGCAUCAUCCUAGACUCGGGCCACCUAAGCACAGCCAGCUCCAGUGAUGACCUCAAGGGUGAAGAAGGCAGCUUCAGGGGCUCUGUGCUCCAGCGUGCAGCCAAGUUUGGCUCGCUGGCCAAGCAGAACUCACAGAUGAUUGUUAAGCGCUUCUCUUUCUCUCAGCGAAGCCGGGAUGAGAGCGCCUCAGAAACUUCAACCCCCUCAGAGCACUCUGCAGCCCCAUCACCACAGGUGGAGGUGAGGACACUAGAGGGACAACUGAUGCAGCAUUCUGGCCCAGGCAUCCCUCGGGCAGGACCCCGUUCUCGAGUCCCUGAACUGGUGACUAAAAAGUUCCCAGCUGACCUGCGCCUUCCCCCGGUGGUGCCUCCACCACCCCCUUCCCCCAGGGAGCUGGAACUGCAGCGAAGGCCCACUGGAGACUUUGGUUUCUCCCUGAGGCGUACAACCAUGCUUGAUCGGGGACCUGAGGGCCAGGCGUAUCGCCGGGUGGUUCACUUUGCUGAACCAGGUGCAGGCACCAAGGACCUGGCUCUUGGGCUGGUGCCAGGAGAUCGACUGGUGGAGAUUAAUGGAUACAACGUGGAGAACAAGUCCAGGGAUGAGAUUGUGGAGAUGAUCCGACAGUCUGGAGACAGUGUGCGGCUUAAGGUGCAGCCCAUUCCAGAGCUCAGCGAGUUGAGCCGGAGCUGGUUGCGGAGUGGUGAGGGACACCGCAGGGAGCCAGCCGAUCUAGAGGGCAGCUCCAAGGACAGUGGUGGUCCACCUAGGAGUCCUCAACCUGCCACUAGCCCAGUCCCCUCAGAGACUUCACACAGAGCCAAGAGCCCUGCACCCUCACUCACCAUGAAUGGUCUGGGGACUGCCUCAACAGAAGGUCCAAACGAGGAGGCUCAGGGCCUGUCCCGGAAACGAGUGGCGAAUGCAGUGAGGAAGGUGGUGAGCAAGGUGCUGCCUGGUGAGGAGCCUGUGAUUGCUAAGGAGCCUCCAGGCCGAGGGACCAAGUCCCCUGAGCACCCAGCUAGAGGCAAGAGGGGAGAAAAGGCAGCCUUUAGUCCCAAGCCACCACCGCCUCCUCCACCUCCUCCUCCCCCUGCUCCACCAAAGCUUGAAGCAAAGAAGGAGGCAGCCAAAGAUGAGCUCUCAGUGGGCCUGCGGAGCCUGAUGUCUCGGGGCCGAGGCAAGGACCACAAGCCCCGUGGCAAGCAGUCUGCUGGGAAGGGGGAGAAGCCCGCCAACCAGGAGCCAGGCUUCUUGAGGAAACCAGUCUCCCCAGACAUGGUGGACUCCCCAGAGAAGGCAGGAUCCCCAACCAAACCUGAAACCCCAGAGAACCGGUGUUGCCCGGCCCCGCCAAGAGAGCUGGUGGACCCAGGCUCUGUUGGCCCGAAGUCAGACCUCACAGGAGAGCAGCAGUCCAAGCCACCAGGCUCUGGAGUGCAGCAGGAGACAGGAACUGCCCCUGAGGUCCUGCUGAGCCCUGCGGAGGAAGCCCACCAGCGACUUGAGAGGAUCUUCACUGCUUCUCUGGACCCUGAAGCUGCCUCUCCUGCCCACAGCCAGGUAGGGUGCUCCUGUCCCCCUCAGGAGACCUCCGCGUCCUCCAGUCAUCACCCACCACCCCUGGCCUGUGCUUGGGCUGGCGUCUGUGCUCGGGCCUCGUGCUGGAGUGCCAAAACAGAAGAGCAGAUUGCAGCUGAGGAAGCCUGGUAUGAGACAGAGAAAGUGUGGCUGGUCCAUAAGGAUGGCUUCUCCCUGGCCAGUCAGCUCAAGUCAGAGGAGCUCAGUUUACCUGAGGGGAAGGUGCGUGUGAAACUAGACCAUGAUGGAGCCAUCCUGGAUGUGGAUGAGGAUGACGUAGAGAAGGCUAAUGCUCCCUCCUGCGACCGUCUGGAAGACCUGGCCUCGCUGGUGUACCUCAAUGAGUCUAGCGUCCUGCACACGCUGCGCCAGCGCUAUGGUGCUAGCCUGCUGCACACCUACGCUGGCCCUAGCCUGCUGGUCCUCAGCCCCCGUGGGGCCCCUGCCGUAUACUCAGAGAAGGUGAUGCACAUGUUCAAGGGGUGCCGGCGUGAGGACAUGGCACCCCACAUCUAUGCUGUGGCCCAGACAGCAUACCGGGCCAUGCUAAUGAGCCGUCAGGACCAGUCUAUCAUCCUCCUGGGCAGCAGUGGCAGUGGCAAGACCACCAGCUGCCAGCAUCUGGUGCAGUACUUAGCCACCAUUGCAGGCACCAGCGGGAACAAGGUGUUUUCUGUUGAGAAGUGGCAGGCUCUGUACACCCUCCUGGAAGCCUUUGGGAACAGCCCCACCAUCAUGAAUGGCAAUGCCACUCGCUUCUCCCAGAUCCUCUCCCUGGACUUUGACCAAGCUGGCCAGGUGGCCUCAGCCUCCAUUCAGACAAUGCUUCUGGAGAAGCUACGUGUGGCUCGACGCCCUGCCAGUGAGGCCACAUUCAACGUCUUCUACUACCUGCUGGCCUGUGGGGACGGCACCCUCAGGACAGAGCUCCACUUGAACCACUUGGCAGAGAAUAAUGUGUUUGGGAUCAUGCCAUUGGCCAAGCCUGAGGAGAAGCAGAAGGCAGCUCAGCAAUUCAGUAAGCUGCAGACGGCCAUGAAGGUGCUGGGCAUUUCCCCUGAUGAGCAGAAGGCCUGCUGGCUCAUCCUGGCUGCCAUCUACCACCUGGGGGCUGCAGGAGCCACCAAAGAGGCUCUCGAGGAGCAAGCGGAAGCUGCUGAAGCUGGGCGCAAGCAAUUUGCCCGCCAUGAAUGGGCCCAGAAGGCUGCAUACCUGCUGGGCUGCAGCCUAGAAGAGCUGUCUUCAGCCAUCUUCAAGCACCAGCACAAGGGUGGCACCCUGCAGCGCUCUACUUCCUUUCGCCAGGGCCCUGAGGAGAGCAGCCUGGGGGACGGCACAGGUCCCAAAAUGAGUGCACUGGAAUGCUUAGAGGGCAUGGCAUCUGGCCUCUACAGCGAGCUCUUUACCCUUCUCAUCUCCCUGGUGAACAGGGCUCUCAAGUCCAGCCAGCACUCGCUCUGCUCUAUGAUGAUUGUGGACACUCCAGGCUUCCAGAACCCUGAGCAGGGUGGUUCGGCCCGUGGAGCCUCCUUUGAGGAGCUGUGCCACAACUAUGCCCAGGACCGUCUGCAGAAGCUUUUCCACGAGCGUACCUUUGUGCAAGAGUUGGAAAGAUACAAGGAGGAGAACAUUGAGCUGGCUUUUGACGACAUUGAGCUGGCCACAGAUGACUCCGUGGCCACUGUGGACCAGACCUCCCACCAGUCUCUGGUUCGCUCACUGGCCCGCACAGACGAGGCAAGGGGCCUGCUCUGGCUGCUGGAAGAGGAGGCGUUAGUGCCAGGGGCCACCGAGGAUACCCUCCUGGAGCGCCUUUUCUCCUAUUAUGGCCCGCAAGAAGGUGAUAAAAAAGGCCAAAGUCCCCUUCUGCGCAGCAGCAAACCACAUCAUUUUUUCCUGGGUCACAGUCAUGGCACCAACUGGGUGGAAUACAACAUGACUGGCUGGCUGAGCUACACCAAGCAGAAUCCAGCCACUCAGAAUGCCCCCCGGCUCCUGCAGGACUCCCAAAAAAAGAUCAUCAGUAACCUGUUUCUGGGCCGGGCAGGCAGUGCCACGGUGCUCUCAGGCUCCAUCGCUGGCCUGGAGGGUGGCUCACAGCUUGCGCUGCGCCGGGCCACCAGCAUGCGGAAGACCUUUACAACAGGCAUGGCAGCUGUCAAGAAGAAGUCGCUGUGCAUCCAGAUUAAGCUGCAGGUGGAUGCCCUCAUUGAUACCAUCAAGAGGUCCAAGAUGCAUUUUGUGCACUGCUUCCUGCCUGUGGCUGAGGGUUGGGCUGGGGAGCCCCGAUCCGCCUCCUCCCGCCGUGUCAGCAGCAGCAGUGAGCUGGACCUGCCUCCAGGAGACCCCUGUGAAGCUGGGCUCCUGCAGCUGGAUGUGCCCCUACUCCGUGCCCAGCUCCGGGGCUCCCGCCUGCUUGACGCCAUGCGUAUGUACCGCCAAGGUUAUCCUGACCACAUGGUAUUUUCUGAGUUCCGCCGCCGCUUUGAUGUCCUGGCCCCACACCUGACAAAGAAACACGGGCGUAACUACAUUGUGGUGGAUGAGAAGAGGGCAGUGGAGGAGCUGCUGGAGUCCCUGGACCUGGAGAAGAGCAGCUGCUGCAUGGGCCUCAGUCGGGUGUUCUUCCGGGCGGGCACGUUGGCGCGACUGGAGGAGCAGCGAGAUGAGCAAACCAGCAGACACCUAACCCUGUUCCAGGCGGCCUGCAGGGGCUACCUGGCCCGCCAGCACUUCAAGAAGAGAAAGAUCCAGGACCUGGCCAUUCGCUGUGUGCAAAAGAACAUCAAGAAGAACAAAGGAGUGAAGGACUGGCCCUGGUGGAAGCUCUUUACCACUGUACGACCCCUCAUUGAAGUACAGCUAUCAGAGGAGCAGAUUCGCAACAAAGACGAGGAGAUCCAACAGUUGCGGAGCAAGCUUGAAAAGGUGGAAAAGGAGCGAAAUGAGCUGCGGCUCAACAGUGACCGACUGGAGACCCGGAUCUCAGAGCUGACAUCGGAGCUGACAGAUGAACGGAACACGGGAGAGUCCGCCUCCCAGCUGCUGGACGCGGAGACAGCGGAGAGGCUCCGAGCCGAGAAGGAAAUGAAGGAGCUGCAGACCCAGUAUGAUGCACUGAAAAAGCAAAUGGAGGUGAUGGAGAUGGAGGUGAUGGAGGCCCGGCUCAUCCGGGCAGCAGAGAUCAACGGGGAAGUGGAUGAUGACGAUGCAGGCGGCGAGUGGCGACUAAAAUAUGAGCGAGCCGUGCGGGAAGUGGACUUCACCAAGAAGCGGCUCCAGCAGGAGUUGGAAGACAAGCUGGAGGUGGAGCAGCAGAGCAAGAGGCAGCUGGAGAGGCGGCUUGGGGACCUACAAGCAGAUAGUGAUGAAAGCCAGCGGGCUCUGCAGCAACUUAAGAAGAAGUGCCAGCGACUAACAGCUGAGCUGCAGGACACCAAGCUGCACCUGGAGGGCCAGCAGGUCCGAAACCAUGAGCUGGAGAAGAAGCAGAGGAGGUUUGACAGUGAACUCUCUCAAGCGCACGAGGAAGCCCAGCGGGAGAAGCUGCAGCGGGAGAAGCUGCAGCGGGAGAAGGACAUGCUUCUUGCUGAGGCUUUCAGCCUGAAGCAGCAACUAGAGGAAAAAGACAUGGACAUUGCGGGAUUCACACAGAAGGUUGUCUCACUGGAGGCUGAGCUCCAGGACAUUUCAUCCCAAGAGUCUAAGGAUGAAGCCUCUUUGGCCAAGGUCAAGAAGCAGCUCCGAGACCUGGAGGCCAAGGUCAAAGAUCAGGAAGAAGAGCUAGAUGAGCAGGCGGGGACCAUCCAGAUGCUGGAGCAGGCCAAGCUGCGUCUAGAGAUGGAGAUGGAGCGGAUGAGACAGACCCAUUCCAAGGAGAUGGAGAGUCGAGAUGAGGAAGUCGAGGAGGCCCGACAGUCAUGUCAGAAGAAGUUAAAACAGAUGGAAGUGCAACUUGAGGAAGAGUACGAGGACAAGCAGAAGGCACUGCGGGAGAAGAGGGAGCUGGAGAGCAAGCUUGCUGCACUGAGCGACCAGGUGAGCCAGAGGGACUUUGAAUCAGAGAAGCGACUACGGAAAGAUCUGAAGCGCACCAAGGCCCUGCUGGCAGAUGCCCAGAUCAUGCUGGACCACCUUAAGAACAAUGCCCCCAGCAAGAGGGAGAUCGCCCAGCUAAAGAACCAGCUGGAGGAGUCAGAGUUCACUUGUGCAGCAGCUGUAAAAGCACGGAAAGCAAUGGAGGUGGAGAUUGAAGACCUACAUCUGCAGAUUGAUGACAUCGCCAAGGCCAAGACAGCGCUGGAGGAGCAGCUGAGCCGCCUUCAGCGUGAGAAGAAUGAGAUCCAGAACAGACUAGAAGAGGAUCAGGAGGACAUGAAUGAGCUGAUGAAGAAGCACAAGGCUGCUGUGGCUCAGGCCUCCAGGGACCUGGCACAGAUGAAUGAUCUCCAAGCUCAGCUAGAGGAAAUCAACAAGGAGAAGCAGGAGCUGCAGGAGAAGCUACAAGCCCUCCAGAGCCAAGUGGAGUUCCUAGAGCAGUCUAUGGUGGACAAGUCCCUGGUGAGCAGGCAGGAAGCGAAGAUCCGGGAGCUGGAGACUCGCCUGGAGUUUGAAAGGACCCAAGUGAAGCGGCUGGAGAGCUUGGCUAGCCGGCUCAAGGAAAACAUGGAGAAGCUGACUGAGGAACGGGAUCAGCGCACUGCUGCCGAGAACCGGGAGAAAGAACAGAACAAGAGGCUACAGCGGCAGCUCCGGGACACCAAGGAGGAGAUGGGUGAGCUCGCCAGGAAGGAGGCUGAGGCGAGCCGCAAGAAGCACGAACUGGAGAUGGACCUGGAGAGUCUGGAAGCUGCUAACCAGAGCCUACAGGCUGACCUAAAGCUGGCAUUCAAGCGCAUUGGGGACCUGCAGGCUGCCAUUGAGGAUGAGAUGGAGAGUGAUGAGAACGAGGAUCUCAUCAAUAGUUUGCAGGACAUGGUGACAAAGUAUCAGAAAAGAAAGAAUAAACUUGAAGGGGACUCGGAUGUGGACUCAGAGCUGGAGGACCGGGUUGACGGGGUCAAGUCCUGGUUGUCAAAAAACAAGGGACCUUCCAAGGCAGCUUCUGAUGAUGGCAGCUUGAAGAGUUCCAGCCCCACCAGCCACUGGAAGCCCCUUGCCCCUGACCGAUCUGAUGAUGAGCAUGAUCCUCUGGAUGGCACCUCCAGACCCCGAUACUCCCAUAACUACCUGAGUGACAGCGACACAGAGGCAAAGCUGAUGGAGACCGAUGCAUAGCCCAGGGGAGUGGCUUGCAGCCCUCACAUCCCACAGCCUUCAGCUGCCUGGGCAUCUCUCCCAGGAAAUGGUGGGGAACUGGUCCCCCCACUGACUGCUGAUCUGCAUGGGAAACACCCCGACCCUCUGCUGUCAGAGGGACUUUCCAGGCUGUGGGUGUCUGACAUCCCCAUGUGGAAGAGGUGGGGGAAAGAGGUGUUUGUGAAAGGAGAACUUUUUGCUCCCCCCUGCCUCAAAAAUGCCACACUCUUGGCUUCUAUCCAGGGCCACCAUGGGCAGUGGCAGGUGGCCUGGCACUGCAUGGAGCCAGCAAAUUGACCUCCAUCUCAGCCCCCUGCUCAGGGAUGAUGGACAGAUUGCCUACUGGGCCACUCAAGGUUGCUGAGUCCAUGGGGAGGAGUCGGGGGAGGGAGCAGCAAUUCCUUCCCACUGGUUUGGGAUGAGGGCUUUCUCUUCUCAGUGCCUGCUGUCUUUUUACUUCUUAAUUUAAAUACCCAACCUCUCCAUCACAGCUACAUCCCUGAGAGUGGGAGUCAGCUGCAGUGGCAGCUAGGGUCCCCAGGAACAACUUGGAAAUCUCUUCAUCUCCACUUUUCUGGGUGCAGUCCUUUCUCUGUGCAGCCAGGGAGACUGGUGAGCAGAGCUGGGGCCAGUUUCUUAAGAGUCGGUGUGGGGAGGGGCUGCCAGGUGCUUCUGGUUGGGCUGAGCAAGCCUCCACAGAUGGGGUACAUAAAUGCCAUCGAAUUUCCAGCCCCCAUCCACCCUCUCCUCUCUUCAGUGCGUUAAGUGCAAUGACCUAUUUAAUAGUAAACCCAUUCCACCUGCACCAACUUGGGGGCGUGUCCAAUCACUGCCUCCCUCCCCUCUGUGCCAGUUGCCUGGGUCUUAAGCUCGACUUGAGAAGAAAGGCAUGGGGUUGAGGGCUGUGGUCACUGAUGAUGGAAGUGUUGGUUGAUACUAGUGUGUCAGGCACGAGUCCUCACCCAGUUUCCUGAGCCAGUGUCAUCUCUCUGCCCCCACACACUUAUCCCAGACCUGGCAACAAACAGUCCCAGACCCCUCCAAAAGUUAUCCCCUCAACUCCACCAGACUUGGGGGCCAAGGGCAGUGCCUGGAGCCGCUCCCAUCUGCUGUCCCCCUUCUUCCCUGCAAUUGGUUUGUACUCACUGGGCUGUGCUCUCCCUGUUUACCUGAUGUAUGGAAAUAAAGCCCCUUUUCCUCCUGGC